GUAAUCGAGGAUAGCGUCGCAGUUUUCGCAGCGGACAAUCACUUACAACACACAAGAUCAAAAUGAUGACCAAAGUCCUCGUUCUUCUGGGCGCCCUCGUAGCGGCCUGCUCCGCCGGAGUAGUCCCAGCGAUCCCGGCCGUGGUUCCCGCGGCGGUCCCAGCCGCUUUGACGGUCGGGACCUACGCUACGAGUUACAACGCGCACGCCAUCAACCACGCCAUAGCCGCCCCGUACGUAGCCGCGCCAGCGUAUGCAGCCGCACCGCUCGCUUACUCCGCUCUGCCAGCCACUUACGCGUAUUCCGCCCCGAUCAUCGCCGGAAGACGCUGAAAGGAAGGACGCUCGCGAGUCCCGUCGCCGGAAACUCAACCGUACUGACCUCGAACCUGCGAAGAGCGGACAGCAACUGUCGAUGACUGAGCGUCGAUGACGCUCAGUUCUUUUCUCUUUUGUAAAUAUUAUCGUAAAUACUAUUGUAAAUACGAUCGCCCGGUCGAUGCACUUUGCAUCGGCGCAAAAUUUAAUACUGAUUAGUAGCUGAUUAAUACAUUAUUCUUGAACGAAUGAA